AUGCCGGGCCGUCUGAUCCCCAACUUUGUUCGGGGCUCUGGCUCCCUGCACUCGUCGGUCUCCUCGACUCCCAUCCACUCCAAUUCAUCAUCGACCACCUCCGUCAAUGAGAUUCCCCAUCACCCUGGCAAGAAGCCAGCGCAUGGCACCCCGGACCGUGCUCGCUCACCCGAGCGUCGUCUAUCCUUCAACAUGGACCACCUGAUCCACCCCCACCGAGACCACAGCAAGGACAAGCGCCGCAGUCUGGGACGCGCCGGCCGGUCCAAGGAGCGCCUUGGUAAGGAGGAGCUUGCGAAGCCAUCCGCUAAGCUCGAAGUUCUGGUCGAGUCUCCUCCUCUGGUCUGCUAUGGCAACCCCAGCAACUCUACCGGUGCUUUGUUCUCUGGCCGUCUGCGUGUGACUAUCCCCGAGAGCGCUGGUGAGGUCACUCUCAACCAGUUCGACGUUCGCCUCAUUUCCAAGACUUCCACCAAGAAGCCCGUUUCCAGCCAUUGCCCUAGCUGUGCUACCCGCACGGAGGAGCUCACCCGCUGGAACUUCCUCACGGAGGCUCUUCACCUGAAGCCUGGCGCGCACGACUUCCCCUUCAGCUACCUGUUCCCCGGCCACCUCCCUGCUUCCUGCAAUGGCGCCCUGGGCCAAGUCGAGUACUUCCUGCUCGCGCAUGCCCAGAGCACCGUUGGUGAGGAAUUCAGCCUGAAGCUGCCUCUGAACGUCCGCCGUGCCCUGAUCCCCGGCAACGACAAGUCUUCUAUCCGCAUUUUCCCUCCUACCAACCUGACUGGCCGCAUCGUCCUGCCUUCCGUUGUUCAUCCCAUUGGAAACUUCCCCGUGGAGAUGACCCUCAGCGGCGUGGUGGACAAGGGUGACGAGACUCAGACUCGCUGGCGCCUGCGCAAGAUGAUGUGGCGCAUUGAGGAGCACCAAAAGAUUGUCUCCACUGCCUGCACGAAGCACGCUCACAAGAUUGGCGGCGAGAACAAGGGUGUCCUCCACCAGGAGACCCGUAUUAUCGGCCACAACGAGGAGAAGAGCGGCUGGAAGACCGAUUUUGACACCGCCGGUGGUGAAAUCACCAUGCAGUUCGAUGCUAGCAUCAAUCCUUCUACCAACCCCGUCUGCGACAUGGAGGCUCCCGGUGGCCUGGAGGUCAAGCACAACCUUGUCAUUGAGCUCAUUGUCGCCGAGGAGUUCUGCCCCAACCGCAACACCCGCCUCAUCACCCCCACCGGCGCUGCCCGUGUCCUGCGCAUGCAGUUCAACCUCCACGUCACGGAGCGCAGUGGUCUCGGUAUCAGCUGGGACGAGGAAAUGCCUCCUGUCUACGAGGACGUCCCCGCCAGCCCUCCCGGCUACUUCAAACUCGAUGACGCUCGCAGCGUUAUGGAGGACUACCAGGGCUCCCCCCUCCCAUUGCCCGACUACGACGAGUUGGAGAGAAUGGACUCUCUGCGUUUGGACAGCGACUCAACCCACUCCUCUACCAACUCUACCUCCAACAACCGCGGCCGUAUGCGCUUCACAGUUGACGACUUGGUCACUGAGCAAACCCCGCAUCCCUCUGAGCCUACCUCCCGCGUCACCUCUCGCGCUCCGUCGGUUGACUCUACCCGCCAAUAA